CUCAGGAGACGUGGGAUUGCUGCAGUUCGUUCUGCCAGACUGGGGUUUUCAUCUCAAUGGCUGCGGGUGCAGACAGCCUUGGAGAAAUGGUACUGGAGCCACUGGCUUGGAAGAGAUGACGGGUGGGUCCCGGGCUGCUAAGACAUUUUUGUUUCCUCGUAACUGCGGUAGGAAUGGCUCUUCUCUUUUCCUGUGUCACUUGUGGGCAACGACGGGCUUGAGGAGUAAGUACGUGCAGUUUGUGUUCUGUAAUCCAUGGUGUUUAGGGUGACAGGCGUUUUUUGGGAAGACGUGGUUAAUCACAAUUAAAUGGUGUAAAUCAAUGUUUGAGCAAAGUAUUUAAGAUAUUGGAUGUUUAGGUUGUUUAAUUUUAACAGACAGCUGGAGUACUUCAGCUAAUGUUGUCUCUAGUGCAUAUGAACGCCCAUCUACACUUAAAAUGUUUAAUGCUAAGGAUAAGAUUUAUUUGUCAGUAGUGAAGAUAUAAUUUCAAUUUUUUUUCUUACUAUUGCAGGAGGAGCGUAUCUACUUAGGCUUUAGAAAGCAGAUUCAAAUUUCAUUUCAUUAUUAGCAGCCUUUCCCUUUUUUGCAUGUAUUUUAAAAGUCAAUAGAAAACAUAAAAUUCUCUAUGGUACUAGUCUGAUUUCCAUUGGCAAGCCGCAUGGUUAUUUCAUCAUACAUUUGGCAAAUUUAUGUAUUUUAUUUUUUACACGAAUAGUGCUGUAACUUAGGCAUUCACUGUUCAAACCAUAACACACUUUCAAAUGUGGUAAAGUGUAGGUAGUUUUCUACAUUUUUUUUAAAGCAAAUUAAUAAAAAAUGACUUUUAGUUUAAGAAACAAGAAAAUUAUCAACACAGCAUUUUGCCUGCUGACUAGAAAUCUCUAUAUAUUUUAACAAAUUGUAGAGCAGGAGGGGUUUAGACCUUGAACACAUAUAAGGAAGUUGUUUGGAGUCUAUAUAUUUUUUAAAAGUGUUAUUGUUUUAUAGAUGCUUUUGGGAUAAUAGAAGCAUACUUACUGCUUCAAACAGUCCAGGCUGAAAUGCAGUGAGAAUGGCAGAGAUGUCUUUUCCUAUUUAAUACAAAUAGCAGUCAAAAUACUUAUUUUAGUCAAUAUUGUGAUCAGGAUUUAAUUAUAGAAAAAAAAUCCUGUAAUUGAAAAAGCACAUGGGAUUAGCUCUCUAAUUUAAUCUUAACUAUACAGGCAGUAUUUUUAAAAUUAGUUUUACUGUUAUUGAAACCAGAAUUGCGAUAAACUAUGUUGAGAACUGUAGGUACAAAUCUCUGAAAGGACGUUUCUGUUGGAUCUGGGUGGGGACUUCACUAUUGCUUUUCUGCUAGUCAUAUCAAUCCUUCAGUCAGGAAACAGGCUUGAGAAUUGGUUCUGUCUCUUACUUUUAGAAAUACCUUAAAAUCAUAGUCUUCUCUCUCUACCAUAAGGUGGUCAAACAAUUUGAACAAUUGUUAAUGAUGCUUGAAUGGGUUACUGAAGUUAUAGCAAAAAAUCAAAAGUCUUGUGUGUUUUGGCAGAGUCAAAAUAAUUAGUUUUUUACAGCCUUUGAACCAGAAGUCAGUGGAAAUUCAGUAGUCCCAAGUAACAUUUUCAGGAUUACCCUUAUAGGUUUUUACACUUCCUUUAUUUUCUGUUUUCAAAAUGUUGUAUAUGUAUAAGGCCUAAAGUUCAAGCAUGUAAAUGAUGAAAUAACAGUAUUGUGAUGAAUUUUUACGAAGUAUUUGAAUACACAAAAGUGCUCUAACUUAAAGGAAUUCUGAAUUGGCAAGUGGUAUUUGGUAAUUAACACACUUACAAAUACUACUACUGCUUGAGUGUUAAGUUCUUGUGAUGUGGUGUUUGUGGGCUUUUAUAUGUGUUUUCCAUACAACUUUAUAGACAUUCUGAGGGCUUCAGAACAUUCAGUGAUAUCUAGGAAGUAGCAGACGUUUGAUCCAAUUUGUUUAAGGACUGAAGAAGUAACUCAAGACAGAUGGAGUGGUCAUGCAAAGGGAGUUUAUGGAACAGAUGGGGUCGAGGAUUUGGUCUGUUGGGUUCCAUCUUUGGGAAGGACAGUGCAAUAAAUCAGCCAAACAGUGUCUUUGGACUUGUAUUUUAUAUACUACAAAUGUUACUUGGUAUGACAGCAAGUGCAGUAGCAGCUCUAAUCCUCAUGACAUCCUCCAUAGUGUCAGUAAUAGGGUCACUGUACCUAGCAUACAUUCUGUACUUUGUGCUGAAGGAAUUUUGCAUUAUUUGCGUCACCACAUAUUUGCUGAACUUCAUUCUCUUUAUCAUCAACUACAAACGACUAGUUUACUUGAAUGAGGCCUGGAAACGGCAACUCCAACCAAAACAGGAAUAACGAGUUUGAACUUUUGACUGAUAGUCUGAAGACCUGACUUCCAUUUAAGUUUGUUUUGCAGUAAUUUUUAUUUUUCAUAUCAGACACUUUCCCCAAGAAUCAUAACUGAUUUUUUUAAAUAACUGUAAAUUGGAAGGGGCCCUAGAUAAUUUCUGUGCUAAUCUUCUAUUUAAAUAUGGCUAUACAAGAGAAAGCUCUAAUACAAUCAAAGACAAGCUUUAACUUUACUUUGAAGAAGUUAAUUAGCCACACAAAAUCUAGACUUCUUGUAAAUUGGGUAACGCUAGAAAAUAUCCUGUGUAUAAAUUCAAUUUCAGAUAUAACAAGAUGGAUCAUGACAUUUAAAUAUGCUAGAAUAGUAGUACCAUAUUUAAUGUUGCCAUGUUUACAGUAUGCAUAUUACAUUUUUAGCAGAUGGACUUAAACCUGUAGAUUUGACUAAAACAUGAUAUUGUAAAUAACUAGAAAUACUGAAUCCAUUCCUGCAGAAUUCUCACUGUACAGUCAAUUUUGUUAGUGUAGCAACUUUAAGAAUGUUCAGCUUAUAGUUGAUUGAUUGAAAUAAUGGAAGGAAUGAGCCCACAUAGAUAUUGUCUUGUGAGAAGCACUAGUAGUAGUGCAGCAACACAAGUGAGGUUUGCUCCAUCCUUUUCCCUAUUAAUGAAGAUGGAAUUAAAGCGAAAACUUCAGGUAUAUCCAGUAAUGGAAUUACGAUUUAAUAUCUGUAUAGAAUGAAGAUUGUUUAACAUGGACUAAAAGAAGUCACCAUUGGGGAAAUUAAUACCGGAAGGGCAUGGUAUUCUGAAACUGGAGAAACAUCUUGUAGAAGAUAUCUGAGAAGCCAUUGUAAGAAGUGCUAACAUUUUGGGCGGAUCUGUGUUCCAUUUUAAACUGGUGUCAGGCAGCUCAACAAUUUGACAUUACAUUGGAAGGCUGCGAAACAGAAUUGUCAUUUACAGUGGGUCCCAGAGACUGACUAAGCUUGUUGAGUAAUGCACUGACUAAACAAAUUUCACUGAUCUUGUUCAGGAUCUUUGAUUUGUGUUAUAUUUAGAAAUGAACUUUAGGACUGACACGUAUUGGCCUUUCAAGGGGCCUUAUCUGUUUAAGUGGGAUAAGUAAGCAAACAUGCUCUUGAAAAUGAAUCACAGGAGUGCUAUCAUUGCUCUUUCUAAUAAUUAAUUUUAAAAAGUAAACAAUUUUAAACAGUGUUUCUACCCUCAGUAUCCUGAAGUAGAAUGUUGAAAGUGCCUUCUGUCUUGAAUUGUUAAACCAAAUGUUUUGUGUGUUGAACUUGGCAGGCAGAAGUGUCCUUGCUAUUUAACAAAUACAAAACUUACAAUAUGUAGAAAAGUAUUCAGUGGUGCGGCUUAGUCUCUAGAAUGAGAAGUGGUAGCAAUGUGAUUGGUUCCUGUUCAUUUAAGCCAAUGUGUUAGACAGCGAGACACCCAUGGGGCUGAUGAUCUGAUACAUCGUUUACCCUUAAAAAAGCUAAAUACUCUAUUUCUGAAACUUGGUGAAUCCAGAGUACAGUGAUUCAUCAGUUUCUCACAGCUGGUGCCAUGCUUUUUCUGCCCUCAUGUCAGCUAGGUUGAUCUAGAUCUUUUAAAGAUUAUAUCUUCAGAUUUAGAAGCCAGUUUAGUUGAUUCUACUAAAUGUGAAUCUACUUAAGGGAUGCUGUUUUUAUGUGUUGUACUGUAAAAUGGAUUAAACACUAAAGCAUUGAAAAACUUAA